GCAACCUCCGCACCUGCGGAUCCACUUGUGGAGACUACGAAGUACAAGAUCAUGGGUGCACACGACUGUUGCGCACGAUCGCAGCAUGACACCACGAUGAGGCUAGAGGACGAGACUACGCUUGGCAUUACUCCCAGAGAAGAUGCUAUUCGUGCCAAGGUGUCCGACCCAUUUCCCUGGGUCUUCCCGAUCCUGCGUGGACGUGGUCAGUAUGAGUCGCGCAAAACGAUCGAGGAUUAUAAACAGAGUUUGUACUGCGAAGACUACGUGAUCAAGCGCGCUCCCGACCUACAGAACAGUGGUUGCUUCCCAGGCUACACAUGGAUUGCUCUAUGUAAUGUGACGACCAAACAGUUGGGCCUGCCUCUCCUGGCUGGUUCACAGUAUCCUGGACAUACUAUGCGAUCACCGCAGAGGUUCAGUAAUGAGGCUCUACCAACCGCACUCCGACACGACAACAGCGGCCGCAACGGCUUGGAUCAAUUUCUCGACCGUCGCGUCAAUAUCUGGCAGCUCGAACACGUCGACACUUGGGCCGUGGCCAAUCACCACAAGUCCUUCAGUCACAUCGUGUCCGAAGUAUUCACACGAGAUGAUCACGGCCCCGAUCGGAAUGCAGUCCACGCGCAUGUGCAUCAGGCUGACCGCGCUGGCCAGCCAUGGCAAGCACAGGAGUAUUACAUGAUCGCCGUCCUGCGCGCCCUGCAGCUGCGCAUCGACGACGAAGAGGCCCGCUUCCAG